AUGGUGUCAGUGAACCAUGUUGACGACCGAGCAGACACAGGAGCAGAGAACAUCUCCGAUUCCUCAUUAAGUUUUCUGCUGAUUCCUACACAUUCCACAUCAGCUGACUGGAUAACAUCAAACUCAUCACAUGACUUCCUGUCCCCGCCUCAGACCGCAGCGGACAAUGUGCAUCAACAGCGCCAGGUUUUAGAGUCUGUUUCAGUGCAGAGGCGACCUGUGAGAGGGUCCAGUUUGUCCCGGCUGUUUGUCGACGGUGGCGUGGCUAUGACCUGGACAGAGGCAUUGUUCUGGGCACUGGCCCUGACUGUGACUGAGCUGGACGGAGCUCACAGUGACCCGCGGCCAGCGUCGUGUCGUCUGGUGUGCGAUCCUUUCCACUCCCAGGGCAUCACCCACGACCUGGCUACCAACGGGCUGGUUAUUCCCCUCUCUCAGAGUGGUGGGGGGCCGCCAGGUCCCGCGGGCCCCCCGGGCAAAGCCGGGCCCCCCGGACGCCCCGGGCCCCCUGGACCGGGAGCUUCGACAGAAGGGGGCGUGGCUUUCUACGCGGUCCUGAGAGACGAAUUUGAAAAGGAUGAGGUUCUGAAAUUCAGGGACGUGCUGACGAACAUGGGCCGUGGUUACGACCCAGGCACGGGAGCAUUUACCUGUAAGUCUGCUGGACUGUACCACUUCACUUACCAGGUGGUAAAGGCGGGUCAGAGACUGCAGGCAGACCUGGUCAUCAAUGCCAAUAAGGUCGUGGCCAGUGCGGUGGCUGUUGAUGUCCUUCACACAGACACAGCGGGAAACAGUGCAAUCAUACAGCUGAGGGAGGGAGACCAGGUUUAUGUCCGUCUGCAGACCAGCGGCAAAACCUUUCAGGACUCAAAGAACUACUUCAGCACCUUCUCUGGACACCUGCUUUAUGAGCUCUAA